AUGUUCAUUCCUUUUGCUUUUGCAUGCAGUAAAGAAUGGGAAGAACUAUUUGUAAACAACAAUUACUUGGCAACUAUACGGCUGAAGGGGAUUAAUGGGCAGCUGAGAAGCAGCAGGUUCCGUAGUGUUUGCUGGAAGUUAUUUCUGGAGGUUCUACCCCAAGACAGAAGUCAAUGGAUUAAAACCACUUCAGACUUGAGAACUUCUUACAAUAAGAUAAAAGAAAUUCACAUUACAAACCCUCGUAAGGCAGGACAGCAAGAUCUGAUAAUCAACAACCCACUGUCUCAGGACGAGGGGAGUCUUUGGAAUAAAUUUUUCCAGGAUAAAGAGCUUCGAGCAAUGAUUGAACAAGAUGUGACAAGAACCUUUCCUGAAAUGCAGUAUUUCCAGCAAGAGAAUGUGAGGAAAAUUCUUACAGAUGUUCUGUUCUGCUACGCCAGAGAAAAUGAACAGUUGCUUUAUAAACAGGGAAUGCAUGAACUUCUAGCUCCCAUUGUCUUUAUCCUGCAUUGUGACCACCAAGCUUUUUCGCAUGCCAGUGAAGCUGCACAACCCAGUGAGGAAAUGAAAGUUCUUUUGAAUCCUGAAUAUCUGGAACAUGAUGCCUAUGCAAUGUUCACACGUCUUAUGAAAACUGCAGAACAUUGGUUUUCAACUUUCGAACAUGACAGUCAGAAGGAGAAAGAUGUGAUGAUUACACCUAUGCCAUUUGCAAGGCCACAGGACUUAGGCCCUUCUAUUGCUAUUGUAGCAAAGGUAAACCAAAUUCAGGAUCAUCUGCUGAAGAAACACGAUAUUGAGCUGUACAUGCAUCUGAACCGACUGGAAAUUGCUCCACAAAUUUAUGGACUGCGAUGGGUAAGGCUCCUGUUUGGACGUGAAUUCCCACUUCAGGACCUUCUGGUUGUCUGGGAUGCUCUAUUUGCUGACAGUAUCACCCUGAAUUUAGUCGACUACAUUUUUGUAGCCAUGUUGUUGUAUAUUAGAGAUGCCUGUAAGUAUCAACUAUCUUACUACCUUUCAAAAUAA